AUAUUUACGUUAACUUGGGCAAGGCACUGGAGGAUGGAAUAAAGUUCUACGAGUCAGAUAAUGGAGUUAUAUUGACUCCAGGCAAUGACAACGGCUUUUUAGAGACCAAGUACUUUGAUAGAGUCGUUGACGUUGCUACAGAACACACUCUUCAAUAAUGGAGGGGACCGUGCCGCGCGUGCCGUCGCGGCCGCCCUUCUCCCGCCCGCCGUUCGCGGCGCCGCCCCCCCUCCCGCUCCCGCACCCGCCCCUCCCGCUCCCGCACCCGCGCGGACAGCUGCUGUCGGCGCCCGCGGGGUGGGGGAGGGGCAGGGGCAGGGGGAGGGGGAGGGAGGUGCGCUCGGCGGACGCGCGCCGCAGGAAAGGAGAGGCGGAUGACCUGCUGCCCAAUGCCGUGCUCGUUACCGGCUACCCGCCCUACACCAAGCCCCAGGACCUCGCCCACGCCUUCUGCAAGUUCGGUUCCGUGCGCCUCAACCGAGACUGGAUCACCGACACGGCUGCCUGCCUGGAAUUCACGGAUCCCGAGCAUGCCCAGGCAGCCAUACAGGCGAGUCGGGCUGUUAAUGUGUACGGCGCCUUCCUGACGGUCACGGCCUGCACCGUCAACACCAGACCUCAGAGGCAGCCCCGGAAGAGAGAGCCCAGGGUCGGCAGGGGACCGAACUUCAAGGGCACAAUAGUGGAGCCGACGAAAAUCCCGCUCCAGGGCGCCUUCCAUCAACAGUUAGACGCCUUGCUGUCCGCAGUGCGUCUCACGCAGCCCGAGAUCGAGCGCCUCGGCCAGCUCUAUCGUGACCUGGAGUACGUGCUCGGCGAGUUGUGGCCCGGCUGCCGCGCGAUCCCGUUCGGCUCGGUGACGACCGGGCUGGGCGUGAAGUCGUCGGACGCGGACUGCUUCGUGUCGCUGCCGCACGCGCACGCGCACGCGCACGCGCACGCGCACGCGCACGCGCACGCGCACGCGCACGCGCACGCGCACGCCGCCGACAGCGCCGUCUCCCGCGCCAAGCGCGCUCUACAAGCCCAUCCCCGAGUCUUCGGCGAGCUCCUCGCCAUCCCGCGCGCCAACACCCCCAUCGUCAAGUUCCUUCACAUCCCGACCGGCGUCUACUGUGAUUUGAGUUUCAAAACUCCGCUCGGCUCGCAGAACAGCAAGCUCGUCGCCUUCCUUCUCUUCUGCGAUCCUAGACUCAUUCCCGUCGCGGUCGCCGUCAAGUACUGGGCGCGAGUCCACGAGCUCACGGGCACGGGGAAGUUGACCAACUACGCGUUGACCGUGAUGAUCAUAUUCUACUUCCAGCAGCCGCCGAUCGCGAUCUUGCCCGCGGUCGAGUGGCUUCAGAGGGACCGCAGCUAUGACUGCUUCGUGGAUUAUUGGAACACGGGCUUCAUGAGCGAUAUGCGCCGCGUCCCCAAGGCGACCGACGCGUCGUCCAUAGCGGAGCUGCUCGGCGGGUUUUUUGAGUAUUAUGCAAAUUUUGACUUCGAGAACCUCGUCGUUUGCCCGUUCCUCGGUCGAACGGUCAAAAAGGACGACUUUAGGGACCUGAGGCUUCUACCCGAGGAGUUCGGUCGAUACAAGAAGAACGUUUGCGGCGGAGUAUCGCUCCCGAUUCGCUUCAUGACGUCCAUGUGCGUCCAGGACCCUUUCGAGCAGUGUCACAACGUCGCAUCCUCGGUAUCCUCGCGGCUAGCGGCAGAUAUCUGCGCGUACUUCAAGUUCGCCGCCGACGCCUACGAGAAAGAAAAAGUGAAAGACUUCUCGGGGCUGCUGCCGACGAUCCUCCUCCAGAAGCCGGAGCUGCCGCGGGCCAAGAAGGGCGGCUCCGAGUUCCGCGCGCGCCUCCCGCCCGGCCUCGUCGGGAACAUCGUCGCGCCGGACUGGAAGGCCGCCGUGCGGGACGUCGCCUUCCAGAUCUUCCGCACCAUUCUCAGGGUGCAGCUUGUCAAAAUUGAGGACAAGGAGGAGGCCGUUAAACCUGCUAAACGAGCGAAAACUGGACAAACCAAAGGAGGAAAAAAUUCUAAGCCGGAGGAGACACCCGGAUCCUCCAAAUUGGGCAAGACGACCAAACUGGAAGAGACUGCAAAAUUAAGGGCAAAUUCUGAAGAUGUUUCGAAGCUUGUACAAGAAACUUCUAAAUUGGAAGUGUACAAAGGAGAAGAAAUUAAACAAAGGAGAGACUCUAAAUCGGAGGAGACUGUUGAACCUCAAAGUGAAACCACUGAAUCGGACGACACUAAAGAGAAGGAAAAAGCUACAAAGAAAAAAUCUAAAGUGGAGAUAAUUAAAAACGGUAAAAUAAUCGAGGCUAUAACCAGGAGAGAGAAGGAGUGGUACACGGGCGCGAUCACCCGCGCCAUCUGGAAGCGGAAGACGUUCUCCAAGCUGUACAGCGUGAUGGGGCUCAAGUUCCUCGACCGGGAGACGAUGAUCACGGACGAGAUCAUGAAAGUGGACAAGAACGUGAUCGACGUGCGGUUCACGGUACUGGUGACGUUCGUGAACGCACCGCGCUCCGCCGUGGUGGCCGUGCGCCACGCCGCCGGCGACCUCAACGCCUUCAAGGAGUUCGGCAAGUUCUUCAACAACACCUUCCAGCACUGGUUCGUCAUCCUCUACAGGCCCUGCUGCAAGACACCCCUCCAACAUACGACUGCCGAGAACAGAGCGCCGGCCGUGACGGACGAGGAGGCCGCCGCGAAAGAACUCGACGAGGCCAUGAAACAAGACAAUGAUUUAGACAAGAGCGACUCCGACAGCGAUUCGGAUUUCAGCUACGAGGAUGAGAGAAUAGAUCCGAACGCGACCAAUUCGGAAGUAGGAGAACGCAAAGAGAGAGGUGCGGACAAAAACUGUAAAAAUGAAUCAAAUAGUGCUGUUAAAAAACAGAGUGAAAACGAUAAAGAAUGUGAUACGAAAGAAAAUUAUGACAAUAAAGUUCAAGCGGACAAAAUACCUGACGAGGAUGGGUUAAACGCAUCCGAUAAAUCGCCGCGGAGGCGCAAAAGUAAAAAGCAACACGCUGACAAAGAUGUACCAAUAAACCACUUAAAUGACAGGGUUGAGGCUUUAAACUUAACCGGCAAAUCAUCACGAACAAACAUGAAUAAUAUGCGAAAUCACGACAAAACACAUCAGCAACAAACAGUAGACGAUCAAAAUGAGGGGAAAGAGUCUCAGAACACAUCAACAAAGAACAAAAAUAGAUCACAGCACGGUGACCACAAUGACACCGGCCAAGAAAUUGUCAAGAGACAGACAAGACACAGGAACAGGAAGGGCAAAGACAAAAAGCAGGGCGCUCCCGCGGACGAGAGCGGCCGCACCAGGAGCGCCGGGGAAAACGGACAGAUGCCUUCAUGUUAGCGUGUACAUUACAUACUCACUCAAAUAGAUUAAAAAACUUGAUUAUUGCCCCUAGUAAUAUUGAAUGUAACUAACUUCUAUGGACUAAGAGCUAUAGGUAAUUGUGGUAUAGAGCAUCUAAACUUAUCAGAAUCGUUUUAAGGAGAAUUUGAAUGUCUGUUAAUGCUAUUUUUUGUAUGUAUAAUUCUAAUUAAUUUUCAAUCAAUAAUUAAAUUUUAUUUCUCAUAA